UUGAGCUAUAAUGUAAGGCAACUUCUCACUCACAUCCACAACACACUGCUUCGGCACCUCACUCGGCGACGGGCUUCCAACAGGCCCAUUUUUUUUCAGUGUCGAGUAUUUGACGCCUACCCCACAACCUACGCAUCGUUAUUGACUGAGAACAACGCCAUUAUUGCUUAGAGUCAAGUCUCGUGAAGCCAGCGACGUGUUUUACGGCGAUAUUUUACUACGCUAUAGUCAUCGAUGUCGUAACUUCUGCGUUUUUUAGCCGACAUUAGAGAUUGACGCCUACAGCAGACAUUUCCCCCUUUUUCCAUUUGUUGACGAUCUACGUACGAAUAACAGUGGAGUUGAAACCGACACACAUUCUACGACGCCGCAAUGCAGUACAAUACGCAGACCAUGGCUGCAUCGCAAGGGCUAACACCGCCAACCAAACCUUUUCACAGUUUAGGCGCGUUUUACGAUGGGCCGUCCAGUAAUAACUCAUUCAAUCUUCCAACUAACACGAAUUAUGUUGGUUUUAUGAGUGGCUUUCCCUACCACCAUGCAAGCGGUGGUCAGAAUUUGGGAUCGUACGGCAACGAAAAUCCAUCCUGGCAUGUGCAGAACGACACGACUAAUACUUCUAGUUACUUCACCAACCAUACCGGUAUCCUAGGUUCAAGUUCCAUGGUGCAGUCCGACUUCAGCCGAAAUUACCCGGUGACACAGCCACCACAACACAGCCAGGACACGACACCGAAACAACCACAGACCACACCAGAUACCCCGACAACGAGUUCCAGCUAUGUAUGGAUUGGCGGACAACAGCCGACCAGAAACAGGAAAAAACGAAAGCCUUACACCAAAUACCAGACUCUAGAGCUCGAGAAAGAGUUCCUCUACAAUAUGUAUCUCACCAGAGAUAGACGAACAGACAUUGCACGCGCUUUGAACUUGUCAGAACGUCAGAUUAAGAUAUGGUUUCAGAACAGACGCAUGAAACUGAAAAAAAUGCGGCUGCGAGAAGAGAACGAGAGGAAGCAACAAGAUGGACAUCAACCGCAACAUACCCUGGCAUAAGAGACUUGUUCUGCUGCUACAAGUAGCUUUACUUUGUAUCAUAUGCGUGCCAUGUUCGGACAAUUUUGACUCGUAGAUGAACGACCACCUUAAACAGUUGUGAAGCAGUACAUUUUUAUUAAUAUUUGACGUUUUAUAAUACACAGUACUUAUACUCGUUUAAAUAUAUCAUUCUUUCGUCUUUCUGUUCGCAUUUCCGACAAUUUCUGUCUGUCGUCUGCCAGGUUGGACUUGUUUGUCGUCUGCCAGGUUGGACUUGUUUGUCGUCUGCGCCAGGUUUUGAACUGACCACCACGUGUCUUAUCGGACAUUAUGAGAAAACGCUGUUAAAAUACUACAAACUCUUUUUAAAAAAAUACAAAUUCCGACUUCCGGUGUUGUCAAAUUCAACGACCUAAAAUCGGUGUUCUUCGGUGGACAACAAACCCGUGCGACCACCCGAAUUGACGGGUUUUACUAAGCCAAUAAAAUGUACAGGGCGUUCAAGUUAUUCUCCAGUGAAUUACAAUUUUGAAAAUUAACAAAAAAUCACAAAUCUUGACAAUUUUGGUUGUUCUCACAGGCUUUAUUUGGAUCAAACACGGGUCGGUUCACACAUACAAGGAUGCAAAUAGAACCCCGACCACAUACGAGAAACACGAAUUGUUGAAAUUGAAGAACUCCGGCUACCAAGUAUUUAAUAAUAUUACGUCCUCAGGAUCUUCUGCUGCCAUCUAAUCCCCUUCUAUCACGUGACCAAUUUGUAAAUAUCUCCACUGUACUGUUUUUGUGAUGUUUUCCGAUAUAUAUAAUUAAAAAAAAUUAAAGUUGAA